AUGGCGUUUCAAAAUAAUGAAAAACCAUACCGUGGUGAUGGCCAUGGUGACCGAAGUCGUGGUCGUGGCCAUCGUGGUCGAAACCAUGGUGGUGUCCAUGGGGGUGAUGAUGGUGGUGGUGGUGGUGGUGGUGGUCAUGAGGGUGGUGAUGGUGAUGGUGUCCAUGGCCGUAAUGAUCGUCGUCGUGAUCAUGUCCAUGAUGCCCAUGGUCAUGAUCGCCGUCGUGAUACUCGAAACCGCCUUCGUGAUGCUCCUUGCCGUGGUGCCCUUUACCAUAGUCGUCGUCAUACUCAGAUCCUGGAAAGUCCUCAUCAAUACCGUGAUGAUCGCCGUGGUGACCGAAGUCGUGGUCGAAAUCGUGAUGAUCGUGGUCGUGAUGGUGGCCAUGAGGAUGAUGAUGGUGGUCGAAACCAUGAUGGUGUCCAUGGGGGUGAUGAUGAUGGUGGUGGUGAUGGUCAUGGGGGUGGUGAUGGUGAUGGUGUCCAUGGCCGUAAUGAUCGUCGUCGUGAUCGUGUCCAUGAUGUCCAUGGUCAUGGUCGCCGUCGUCAUACUCGAAACCGCCCUCGUGGUGCUCCUUGCCGUGGUGCCCUUUCCCAUAGUCGUCGUCAUACUCAGAUCCUGGAAAAUCCUCAUGUUCUCAUUCAGACAUUGAUAUAUGCUCACAGAAUUACCGUAGUACGAUCCAUGCUCUUUGCCUUUGGCGUAACUUCCCCAUCCGCCGUACUUGUGGCUGCCGUAAUCGCCAUAACCUCCCGUGUCAAAGCCUUUCGUAUAACCAGUGCCAUACUUGGAACCAUGGUCGUGUCCAUGAUGGCCAGCGCCAUAUUCACCGUAGCCGUAGCCGUACUCUGA